AUGCCGCUGGACAUUGCCAUUAUCGGCGCAGGGAUUGCCGGCUUGACUGCCGCUGUCUCCCUCAGUCGCGUGGGACACCGGGUUCAGAUCUAUGAGGCCUCGGCUUUCUCUGGGGAGAUUGGUGCCGCCUUGACCCUGACGCCGAAUGGAAUCAAGGUGCUUCAGCAUCUUGGCUUUGACUUCAAACGGGCUAGGACUGUCCAAAUAGUCGACUGGGACAUCGUGAGUGGCAUCGACCUCACCAGGAUUUCCCGUCAAGAUCUCAGCGCUGCAGCCGAUACGUUUGGCGCCCCGCUCUUGGCUGUUCACCGGGUAGACUUGCACAAGGAACUCAUGAGGUUGGCCAGCGUCGCUGAAGUUAGGGGGCCAGAAACGGGGCAAGAAAUUGAGGGCAUCGUGAUUCACCUCGCCUCGCCAGUGACGAGGGUCGACGGCCAACAAGGGCGAAUCGAGUUUGCUGAUGGAACGGUGAAGCAUGCCCAUCUCAUCGUGGGCGCCGACGGGCUGCGUUCUGCUGUGCGCGAUGCAGUGACCGGAGGCCCUGACGUUGCCGAGCCCAUCAACCUGAUCUCGACGGGCCAUGGCGCCUUUCGCUUUCUGAUCACAACCGAAGAGCUGCAUGCAACUGCAUACGGACGCAAGCUGUUGAAGUGGAAAACCGCCGGUGCGUGCUUGCUAGCUGACACCAAGCUCGUGGACAAGGAGCGGCACAUCAUGUGGUAUUCCUGCAGAGACGGAACUGUUCAAAAUUUUGUAGGGAUCCAUCCGUCUCUAGACACGUCGGAAUUAGAUGCCGCUGCAGAUGUGCAAGCUCAGAUGUUACAACAGUUUGGGCAUUUUGAUUCAGACAUUGUCCAACUCCUCAGGGACGUCAAAGGUACCAAGUGCUGGCCACUCUUCUCGAUGACACCACUAUCGUCCUGGACGUUUGGGAAAGCCGUCUUGAUAGGCGAUGCUGCUCAUCCAAUGCUUCCAUUCGGCGGACAGGGCGCCAACCAAGCCAUCGAGGACGGCGGAGUUCUGGGCAGUGUCCUUGCCGGAGUCGAAUAUGCCGCAGAGCUUCCUAAGCGCCUGGAUCUCUUCAACAGCCUGCGGGUGCGACGCGCCUCGCGGGUUCAGAUUCUGUCCAGCGUCCGCGCAAACAAAGAGUAUCUUGUACAAGACCAGAUCCGUCAUUACAUGGAGCCAGGAAUGCCACGCAAGUAUAACGCCAUCCCCGUAACCUGA